UUUUUGUUAAAUAUUUACCUCUCAAAAUUGCAUAAACCCUGGAAUUCUGCUAACAUUCUCUAAAACCCUUAAACAACAGUGGCUACCAUAAUUCAAAACCCACAAUCUUUCUUCUUUUUAUAUCCAAAAUCACUACAAAUUUUCAGAAGCAAAUGAAAUGUUUGUAUAACUUCCAUGUUGGUUCCUUUGAUCAGGUCAGUUUCUUUUCGGCAUUUCGCCAAACAUAACCCCUUUUUUCGUACUAAUUUCUUUACAUCGCUUGCCCGGUUACCUUAUUCCGAUGUAUCUGAUUCGGGUUCCGAAGAACACCCACCAUUUAUUUUUAAUGAAUGUGGGUUUAACUCGGUUAAGUUUGAUAGUGCCCACCAAAUGUUUGAUAAAAUUACAGUUGUUAAAACUUUGGAUCAGUUCAUAGGACAGCCCAGUAAUGCAUUGUGUUUGAUUAACCAUUUGAAAGAAUGUGGCUUUAAGCAUGAUGUGGAUACUUAUAUGGGUGUUAUUAGGUUUUUGUGUUAUUGGGAUAUGAUGGGUAGGUUAAAGUUUACGUUUUUAGAGGUUAUCGAGGAUAAAGAUGGGAACUUUGGGUUUGGUGUUUGGGAUUUAGUUGAAGAAGUUUUGAAAGAGGUUGGCUUGGAUGGCGAAAAUGUGUUGGCUAGAGCGAUUGAUGGGUUGAUUAAGGCGUUUGUUAGUGUGGGACGGUUUGAUGAGGUUUUGGAUGUGUUGGCGAGGAUAGAAGGGAGGUUUCUUCCGAAUAUGCGUUCUUGUAAUCUAUUUAUGAACUUGUUGGUUGAAGAGGGUGCAGUGGAUACGUGUUUGGCAGUUUAUGAACAUUUGAAGAGGAAUGGUUUUUGUCCUAAUGUGUAUACGUAUGGGAUUGUCGUUAAAGGGUUAUGCAGGAAGGGAUGUGUGAAAGAAGCUGGAGAUGUUUUUAGUGAAAUGAAGGAAGCUGGGGUUGAGCCUAACAGUUUCACUUUUGGUUCUUAUAUCGAGGGGCUUUGCUUACAUGGACAAACACAUUUUGCUUAUCGGUCCCUUAAAAUGCUUAGAGAAUCAGGCGCACCUGUUGAUCUUUUCGCUUAUGCUUCUGUCAUUCGUGGUUUUGUAAAAGAGUUGAGGUUAAAAGAUGCAGAAGAUGUGUUUCUUUACAUGAAGCAGUUAGGAAUCUUCCCGGAUGCAUAUUGUUAUAGUGCCUUGGUGCAAGGGUAUUGUAAUCAAGGGAAUGUUUCCAAAGCCUUGGAAAUUCAUGAGGAAAUGCAUUCGACCGGUAUUAAAAGCAAUUGUGUAGUUAUGAGCUCAAUUAUGCAAUGCUUAUGCCGUCUUGGAUUGUUAUCUGAAGUUGUUUACCAAUUCAUAAUCUCAAUGAACUCGGGAGUUGUUCUUGAUCAAGUCUCAUUUAAUAUAGCGAUUGUUGCUCUAUCUAGACUAGGGAAAAUGCCUGAAGCUAUGUUGUUGCUAGAAGAGAUGAAGCGCUAUCAAAUUAAACCAGAUGUUAAGCACUACACAACUUUGAUUAAAGGAUAUUGUCUCCUUAAAGACCUUAAGAAUGCUGAGAAAAUAUUCAGUGAGAUUAAUGACAACGGUCUGAAACCCGAUACCAUUACUUUUAACGUGCUUCUUGAUGGGUUCUCAAAAUGUGGGUCUGUUGAGAAGACAAUGAUUUUUUUAGAUAAAAUGGUAGCACUAGGUAUAGAACCCACUAGUGCUACAUAUGACAUAAUCAUUGAUGGAUUAUGUAAAGGUGGAAAGGUGAAGGAAGCAGGAUUUAUUUUUGAUUAUCUUGAAAGAAAAAGCUUCCAAAAUUAUGUUUCUAUGAUGAAUGGGUACUGUGACGCAAAUGACAUAGAAAAAGCAUAUGAACUUUUUCUUAGGAUUUCCAAGCAAGGAGAGAACGGGCUUCUAGUGCCAAAAGCUUGUAGCUUUAAACUUCUAAGCACACUCUGUGAAAAAGAUGAAACCGAUAGAGCGUUAGUGGUAUUUAAAACUAUAUUGAAAACAGAAAAUGGGCCGUCGAAAGUUAUGUAUAGUAAGUUGAAAUCUGCAUAUUGUCGGGCUGGAAAUAUGAGAAUGGCCCGCUGGGUUUUCGAUAUGAUGAAAGCAAGAGGCAUAGCACCUGAUGUCAUUUCUUACACGAUCAUGAUACAUGGUUAUCUUCAGGUGAAACGCUUUAAAGAAGCUUAUGAUCUUUUCAAAGAUAUGAUAAAUCGGGGUAUAGAACCUGAUAUCAUAACUUAUACAGUAUUAUUUGACGGGGAAUCUAAAUUAAACCGGAGAAGCCCUAUUAGUGGAGGGAGCAAGAGAGAAGAAAGGGAUUUGUCAGCAUAUUUGGUCAAAAUGCAAGAGUUGGUUCCUGAUGUUAUUUGCUACACGGUUUUGAUCGACACUUGCUGUAAACUAAACAACCUUCAGGGUGCUAUAUCUCUUUUCAAUGAAAUGAUAGAAAGAGGUCUACAACCAGAUACUGUAGCCUACACAGCUCUUAUAGGUGGCUAUUCCUCUCGGGGUUUUGUAGAGGCUCGGACACUCUAUGAUGAUAUGCUAUUAAAGGGGGUCCUCCCAGAUUCUAGAACCAUGGUAGCUCUAAAGAUGGUGAAAGGCAGGAAAAUGCGAGUUGAGGGCUGAGGACACGUUUGUCAACUCUUCACAUGUUUGAUAAUUGAGGAUAAUUGUAUAUUAUUAAAAAUUCUGUAUCUUGUACAGUAAAUUACUAAAUUGGCAGUUGAAUUGAUCCCAUUAUUGUUUCCUAUACAAGUGACAACAUUGCAGUGGCA